AUGUAUAUUUAUCUUUUCCCGCUCUUUCUUUAUAUUUAUCUUCGUCCAUUUUUCUUUCUUUUUCUGUUUAAUUUUCUUUCAUUUAAGAAUGUCUUUCUUUUUCUGUCUUUCUUUCUUAACUUUUUUUUUCUUUUCUUUUCUUUGUUUCUUUUUUUCUUUGCUUAUUUUCUUCGUGUGAUUUUAUUUAUUUCAUUCUUUUUAUUUUUCUCCCUUUCUUGUUGUCUUUGCUUUUUUCUUUCAUUUGUUUUUUCAGUCGUUUUCCUCUGUGAUUUAAUCAUCAUUUUAUUUUUUUAUUGUUUCAAAAAAUUACUCUUUUUAUUUUUUGGAAAAAAAAUAAAUGUUCCUAUUCUUUCCCUGUUCAUUUGUUAUCAUGCUUUUCUUUUCUUUUUCUUUUUCUUUUUCUUUUAUUACGUUAUUUUUUCUUUUUUCUUUCAUCAUCCAUUUCUUUUACAUUACAUUAUUUUUCUUACUUAUUCAUUUUUUUCCUUUAUUUUCCAUUCUUUUUACUUUUUUCUGUUUUGCUAUCUUUUCCUCGGUCUUUCUUUCUCUUAUUUUUCUCUCUUUUGUUUUUCUUUUAGCCUUUAUUUUUUUUUUUUGCAUCUUUAUACAUUUUUCCCGUUAUUUUUGUUCCUUUUCCUGUUCUUCUUUCUUUUUUGUUUCCUUUUCCUCUUGGUUCUGUGUUUCGUUCUUCCUUCUUUUGUUCUUUUUUUCUUUUCUUUCUUUCUUUCUUUUUUCUUUCUUUCUUUCUUUCUUUUUCUUUCCUUUCUUUCUUUCUUUCGUUUUUCUUUCUUUUCCACCUACCAGAUCGGUCCGUCUUUCCUUCCUAAAUGA